UUGGAGUCUGACAACAGCAGGAGGGAAUGGAGAAAAAGGUUCCUAGCGAGAUAACAAGAACAUUUUAAUUCAGGACGGCCAUUUAAAGACAUUAUAUUAGUGUAUCAAGACGAAUCGGUACAGUUGACCCUGAUUGGUCAUCUACUGCUCUAAAGGUCCUUCAGAAGAGUGAUGUGGGCUGCGCACAGGAGCUGAUGGCACAUGACUGAGUAUGAGGCCCAGGACAACAGCACCCUGCUCAUGCUGCAGUGUCAGAGACUGAGACCCAAUCUUAAGCUUCGGAGCAGCAGGAUGAAAUGAGAUAAACACUGGACGACUGGAGGCUGUCCUGCUCUUGACUCCCCCCUCCUCCCCCCUCACCCCCGUAGGCAUGGCUGGACUACAGCUGGUGACCCCCGCAUCGUCCCCCAUGGGGCCUUUCUUCGGUCUCCCAUGGCAACAGGAAGCUAUCCAUGACAACAUUUAUACACCAAGGAAAUAUCAGGUUGAACUUCUUGAAGCAGCUCUUGAACACAAUACUAUUGUCUGCUUAAAUACUGGCUCAGGGAAGACCUUUAUUGCAGUGCUCCUCACAAAAGAGCUCUCCCACCAGAUUCGGGGAGAUUACCGGGAGAACGGCAAGAGGACCGUUUUUCUGGUCAAUGCAGCGUUGUCUGUGGUUCAGCAAGCAGCUACUGUCCGGACACAUUCGGACCUCCGAGUCGGAGAGUACACUGAGGAAAGUACUUCCUGGACAUCGGAGAGAUGGAGCCAAGAAAUUCUCGAAAAUCAGGUGCUCGUUAUGCCUUGCCACAUCUUCCUCCACGCGCUCCAGGCCGGCGUGCUGCCGCUGUCCAAAAUCAACCUGGUGGUGUUUGACGAGUGCCAUCUAGCCAUCACGGACCAUCCCUACCGAGAGAUAAUGAGGGUUUGUGAUGGCUUCCCCUGCUGCCCUCGGAUCCUCGGGCUGACCGCCUCCAUCCUGAACGGGAAGUGUGACCCUGGCGACCUGGAGGAGAAGAUCCUCAACCUGGAGAGGAUCCUGAAGAGCAACGCAGAAACUGCCACAGACCUGGUCGUCUUGGACCGAUAUGCUUCCCAGCCCCGGGAGGUGGUCCUGGACUGCGGGCCAUUCGAGGACAAGAGCGGCCUGUCCAAGCGUCUCCUGACGGAGUUGGAAGAGGCCCUGCACUUCCUCAACGACUGUAACCUGUCUGCACAGCGGGAAGACCGCGACCCCACCUUCAUCUCCAAGCAGGUGCUGACGGACUGCCGGGCGGUGCUGAUGGUGCUCGGGCCGUGGUGCGCGGACAAGGCGGCGGGCAUCAUGGUGCGCGAGCUCCAGAAGUACAUCAAGCACGAGCAGGAGGAGCUCAGCCGCAAGUUCCUGCUGUUCACCGACACCAUCCUGCGCAAGGUGCACGCGCUCUGCGAGGAGCACUUCUCGCCGGCGUCGCUCGACCUCCGCUUCGUCACGCCCAAGGUCAUCAAGCUGCUGGAGAUCCUGCACGAGUACAAGCCCUUCGAGAGGCAGCAGUUCGAGAGCGUCGAGUGGUACAACAACCGCAACCAGGACAACUACGUGUCCUGGAGCGACUCGGAGGACGAAGACGAGGACGAGGAGGUCGAGGCCAAGGAGAAGCCCGAGGCCAACUUCCCCUCGCCGUUCACCAACAUCCUGUGCGGGAUCAUCUUUGUGGAGAGGCGCUACACAGCUGUAGUGCUCAACCGGCUCAUCAAAGAGGCAGGGAAGCAGGACCCCGAGCUGGCCUACAUCAGCAGCAACUUCAUCACGGGCCACAGCAUCGGCAAGAACCAGCCGCGCAACAAACAGAUGGAGGUGGAGUUCAGGAAACAGGAGGAGGUGCUCCGUAAAUUCCGCGCACACGAGACCAACCUGCUCAUUGCGACCAGCAUCGUGGAGGAAGGCGUCGACAUCCCAAAGUGCAAUUUGGUGGUCCGGUUCGACCUGCCGACGGAGUACCGGUCGUACGUGCAGUCCAAGGGCCGCGCGCGCGCUCCCCUCUCCAACUACAUCAUGCUCGCAGACAGCGAGCGCACGAGAGCCUUCGAGGAGGAUCUCAAAACCUACAAAGCUAUAGAAAAGAUCCUUAGGAACAAGUGCUCAAAGUCAGCCGAGGUGGGCGAGUUUGAGGAGCCUGUACCGGACGACGACAACAUUCUGCCUCCUUACGUCCUCCGGUCAGAAGACGGAGGCCCGAGAGUUACAAUCAACACUGCGAUCGGACACGUCAACAGAUACUGUGCAAGACUCCCCAGCGACCCCUUCACCCAUCUGGCCCCCAAGUGCAAGACGGCAGAGCUGAGGGACGGACUCUACCAGUCCACCCUCUACCUGCCAAUCAACUCGCCCCUCAGGGAGCCAGUGAAGGGGCCUGUGAUGAACUGUGCAAGACUUGCUGAGAAAGCGGUUGCCCUUCUUUGUUGUGAAAAGCUGCACAAAAUCGGGGAGCUGGAUGACCACCUGAUGCCCGUAGGCAAGGAGACGGUGAAGUACGAGGAGGAGCUGGACCUGCACGACGAGGAGGAGACCAGUGUGCCUGGCCGGCCGGGGUCAACCAAGAGGAGGCAGUGCUACCCCAAAGCCAUACCGGAGUGUCUUCGGGACAGCUACCCGCUCCCUGAGCAGCCGUGCUACCUGUACGUGAUCGGCAUGGUGCUCACCACCCCGCUGCCCGACGAGCUCAACUUCAGGCGCAGGAAGCUCUACCCCCCAGAGGACACCACGCGCUGCUUUGGCAUCCUGACCGCCAAGCCCAUACCUCGGAUCCCGCACUUCCCGGUGUACACGCGGUCCGGCGAGGUGACCAUCUCCAUCGAGCUGCAGCGUUCCGGCUUCCUGCUGUCUCCGGCCCAGCUGGAGCUGAUCACGCGCCUGCACCAGUACAUCUUCUCCCACAUCCUGCGGCUGGAGAAGCCCGCGCUCGAGUUCAAGCCCACCGAGGCCGACGCCGCCUACUGCGUGCUGCCGCUCAACGUCGUCGAGGAUUCCAACACUCUGGAUUUGGACUUCAAGUUCAUGGAAGACAUUGAAAAAUCGGAAGCCCGUAUUGGCAUCCCAAACACCCAGUACACCAAGCAGAACCCUUUUACCUUUAAACUGGAGGAUUACCAGGAUGCAGUCAUCAUUCCAAGGUAUCGUAAUUUCGACCAGCCUCACCGCUUCUACGUGGCGGAUGUCUACACGGACCUUACCCCGCUCAGUAAAUUCCCGUCGCCGGAAUACGAGACCUUCGAGGAAUACUACAAAACCAAGUACAACCUGGACCUGUCCAAUCUCAACCAGCCCCUGCUGGACGUGGACCACACGUCCUCAAGGUUGAACCUGUUAACUCCUCGGCAUCUGAACCAGAAGGGAAAAGCCCUGCCCCUGAGCAGUGCAGAGAAGAGGAAGGCCAAGUGGGAAAGCCUACAAAAUAAACAGAUCCUGGUUCCUGAGCUGUGUGCCAUCCACCCGAUCCCUGCCUCCCUGUGGAGGAAGGCGGUGUGCCUACCCAGCAUUCUCUACCGCCUGCACUGCCUGCUCACCGCCGAAGAGCUGCGAUCUCAAACUGCCACGGACGCCGGCGUCGGGGCCCAGAACUUACCCCCUGACUUCAGGUAUCCCAAUCUGGAUUUCGGGUGGAAGAAGUCCAUAGACAGCAAGGCCUUCAUUUCCUGCCCCGAGCACAGCGGCGAUCACUGUAAGCACGGAUCGCCGUCGCCGUCGCCAUCGCCAUCGCCGACGCCCUCUGACCCCGCAGAAGAGCCCCCCAGUCCCGAGGAGCGCCCCCUACCACACGAGAACUGCAACGCACCAGACGAAAAGCUAGAGCCGCCCUCGCCUUCCGAGUCGGACGCGCUACCGGCACCGCAGCUUCAGUCGCCACAGGAAGGCCGAGACGACGUCGUCAACGACGACGACGACGGCGGCGGCCGUCGAGACUGCGUGUGCUCCGGGAACCUCCUUAACGGCACCGGGCCGGAGACCCUGGAGGCGGCGGCGGCGGGAGCGGCGGAGGCGGAGGCGGCACUGCUGUGCCAGUGCUCCGCGCCCGACCUGCCACUGCCACGCGGCGAGGCGGCGCAGACCACUACCUCAGUUCCUGUGCAGUCCCCUCCCCCGAGCAGCGGCGAGCACCAGGCCCAGCCUCCACCCCUGGCCAGCCAUGAAUGUAACCCCGACGGGACCCCGCACCCCUGCCAUGGACUCGUGAAGCAGAAGAAGAUGAAGAAACCUACCUCAGACUGUUGCCCCGCUGUCGCCAUCACCAUCGCCACCACCGAGACCACCGUCGUCACCGCAGCAACGACCCCGACCCCGUCCCCGACCCUGACCCCCGGCUCUCCAGCACCUUCGCUGACCCCCACUUCCACCACAGUGGCGGUGGUGGAGUCUCCGAAGACGCUGGGCCCCAACCCGGGCCUCAUCCUCCAGGCGCUCACGCUCUCCAACGCCAGCGACGGCUUCAACCUGGAGCGGCUGGAGAUGCUGGGCGACUCCUUCCUCAAGCACGCCAUCACCACCUACCUGUUCUGCACCUACCCUGACGCCCACGAGGGACGCCUCUCCUACAUGCGCAGCAAGAAGGUCAGCAACUGUAACCUGUAUCGGCUGGGCAAGAAGAAAGGCCUGCCCAGCCGCAUGGUGGUGUCCAUCUUCGACCCACCGGUCAACUGGCUGCCCCCUGGAUACGUGGUCAACCAGGACAAGAGCAGCACGGACAAGUGGGACUCGGACGAGACCAAGGAGGACUUGGCAAACGGGCGAAGCGGCAUGGAGGACGAAGACGACUACGAUGACGACGAGGACGAUGAAGAGGAGGUGGCGGAGGUGACCAUGGGCGGCGGUGGUGGUGGUGUCGGCGGCCUUGGCGGCGGAGGAGUCGGAGGAGGAGGAGAAGGAGACGCGAACCCGCCCUGGAAGGAGGUGAAGGACGGCAACGUGAGCGGCGAGGAGGAGGAGCUGGAGUACGACCAGGAGCACAUCCGCUUCAUCGACAGCAUGCUCAUGGGCUCGGGCGCGUUCGGCAAGAUCUCGCUCGGCACCUUCCCGCCGGCCGACCCCUGCCCCCAGUGGCGCCCCCCCCGCAAGUCCCCGCUCCUGACCAGCACGCACGCCUCCGGGGACGCUGGCGGUGGUGGCGGCGGCGGCGGUGGCGGUGGUGGCGGGGGUAUCGGCGGCGGCGGCGCGGAGGAGUUCGACUACAGCUCCUGGGACGCCAUGUGCUACCUGGACCCCAGCAAGGCGGCGGAGGAGGACGACUUCGUGGUGGGCUUCUGGAACCCGUCGGAGGAGAGCUGCGGCGGCGAGCUGGGCAAGCAGUCCAUCUCGUACGACCUGCACACCGAGCAGUGCAUCGCCGACAAGAGCAUCGCCGACUGCGUGGAGGCGCUGCUGGGCUGCUACCUGACCAGCUGCGGCGAGCGCGCCGCCCAGAUGUUCCUCUGCUCGCUCGGACUCAAGGUGCUGCCCGACGCCAAGGCCGGCGAGCAGGUCGUGGCCCGCGCCGGCGGUCACGGUAACGGGCAGGGCGGCCCCGGCGAGCCACAGUACGGCUGGCUGCAGAUCCCGCCGCGCUGCAUGUUCGAUCACCCGGACGCUGAGCGCACGCUCGUACACCUCAUCUCUGGCUUUGAGAACUUCGAGGCCAAGAUCAACUACACGUUUCAGAACAAGGCCUACCUGCUGCAGGCCUUCACCCACGCCUCCUAUCAUUACAACACUAUCACAGAUUGUUACCAGCGAUUGGAGUUCCUCGGUGAUGCAAUUUUAGACUACCUCAUAACGAAGCACCUUUAUGAAGACCCACGGCAGCAUUCGCCCGGCGUGCUGACGGACCUGCGCUCGGCCCUGGUCAACAACACCAUCUUCGCCUCCCUGGCCGUCAAGUACGACUACCACAAGUACUUCAAGGCCGUCUCGCCCGAGCUCUUCCACGUCAUCGAUGACUUUGUGCAAUUUCAGCUGGAGAAGGAUGAGAUGCAAGGCAUGGACUCUGAGCUGCGCCGCUCCGAGGAAGACGAGGAGAAGGAGGAGGACAUCGAGGUCCCCAAGGCCAUGGGGGACAUCUUUGAGUCGCUCGCCGGCGCCAUCUACAUGGAUAGCAUGAUGUCCCUGGAGACUGUUUGGCGAGUGUAUUAUCCAAUGAUGCGGCCACUUAUAGAGAAAUUUUCUGCCAAUGUUCCUCGUUCUCCGGUGCGUGAGUUGCUGGAAAUGGAGCCAGAGACGGCUAAGUUCAGCCCUGCGGAGCGCACCUAUGACGGGAAGGUGCGCGUGACGGUGGAGGUGGUGGGGAAGGGCAAGUUCAAGGGCGUGGGCCGCAGCUACCGAAUCGCCAAAUCCGCCGCCGCUCGCCGGGCCCUACGGAGUCUCAAAGCCAAUCAACCUCAGGUCCAGACCAGCUGAGCUUACCACACACACACACACACUCACACACACCAUCACAGCCUGUCUCACUUAUACACACAGAUUCACAUAUCAGCACACACACACACACACACACACAAACACACACACACACACACACACACACACACUCUCACUCAUACACCCAUACACCCCUGCUUUCGACACCAGUCUCCAAGUAGCGAAGACACCCUGGCAACAACGACUGUGCUUUUUUGUUUUUGUUUGUUUGUUUCCCCUUUUUCUGAAAGAGAACGACUUUGCAAAGUUGACUUGAUUUACCUUUGUUUUUGUUUAUUUUUUUGUGUUUAUUUUUAUUUUUUUUUUUUCAUUUUGCGCAAACACAAUCUGUACUUCCCCUCUUCCUCCUCCUAAGUUUUGUGCUUUAUUAACACAUUGCAAGUGUUCAGAAGAAGAGAAAGGUCAGGUCUCGCUUUUUUCUGUUAUGUUUGUUGUUGUUGUUGUUGUUGAUGAUGAUGUUUUGUUGUUUGUUUGUUGUCUUUCCUUUUCCCCCCCCACCCAUGUCAAAUUAACCUCUGCUUAAAGUUAGUGAGUAAAGAGGCUUAUGCUUAAAGUAGUGAUAGAAUGUACUGUGGAAACAAACGUAUCCCAAAAAGGAAGAAAAACAAAAACGCUAACUCCUCAGUCGGUGCACUAGUGCCAGUUUUAAAGCGGUUUUUAGAGAUGGUGUGGCGUAGCAAGAGACAGGGGUGUUCGGAAUGCGGUCGGUCGGUUGGACAGACCACCCUUCGGGCAGUGAGGUGGCAUUCUUAAUCAUUAUUGCACUUCAGCUAGGGCCGCUUGUGUUUUCAGCUUAAUCGUGACCAUUUAUUUUUUUUUGUCUGAUCAGCACCAAAUCUGUAAUUUUUUUUUUUUUUUCUGCCUUGGAGAAAGGAAAAACAGUUCUCCCUCAUAUCCUUCGUCACGGAUAGGAAUUCAACAUUCCCAAUGUACUGUCGUUGAAAUUGUUUUUAAAUGAACAGCACUCGAAGUUGCAUGUUUGUGUUGCUAUGUGUUUAUCAUAGCCAAUUGGAUGGAUUAUAUUCAUGCUGUAGUGAUACCAAUUAUGUGUAGAGAACAAUAUGAGAUGUUUUAUCACGACACAAGUCGCCAUCAUUGGUUUCAAUAAUGUCUUUUGAUACCAAGAAUAUUUACAUUUAGUUUUUGGUGAUGACUAGCAUUAGAUGCUCCAUUGACUGACUUAUUUAGUUUUGAUAUUAUAACUAAAAAAAGAGACAUAUCACUUGGGAAAUAUGCUGCAAAUUUUAUAUAAAAAAGAAGUUAAAAAAAAUAAUUGGAUACUUCUCUGAGACACAAAGCACCUUUACAUACAGUCUAUGGGACAUUCAAUAUUUUUACUAGACAACUUGUAUCUCAUGCACUUCACUUACCAAAGCUAAAGUUGAUGCGACGUCUAAAAGGCUUCAUGUGAAAUCCGACAUGAGUAAUUCACAGACAUAGGCACAUGGAAGCCCGCCUGUUGUGUUGUUUUCAUUUAGGUAAAACAAGUGACAUAACCUUUUGUCUAGCUUUUGAUUUGUUAAUAGGCAUUCUUCACUUGAAUACCUCAGUUAAUUGCAUGCAUUUUCUUUUUUUUUUCUUUUUUUUUCGGUGCUAUGUUUAUUAUUAAGCUUGAAUUUCUCAUCUUUUGCACUGUAACUAUAAUACCUCUUUUAUUUUACCUUUUGAAAAUCUGUUGGGUUGGUUGUCCUGUUCUGUCAGCAGUCAAAGUUUGCUUAAUUGUUGUUGUUUUGUUUUGUUUGGGUUUGUUUUGUUUUGUUAUUUCAGCCUCCCCUUGUUUGGAAUUAUGGCAUUCGUGCUCAAACACCGUGGAAACGUGUAGACGUUGCGUACAUAGGAGUGUUCUGCCUCGCGUUGAGGCGCUCUUCUGUUGAACUUGAACCAGCGAGCGACCAGAACUGCGACGCUGACGUCACUUGACACUUGUGUUGGGGGGGGCGAUUAACAGGUUGCACUCGCCAGUCUUUGAUUUACCUCGUUAGUUCUAGCCUCAGUCACUUGAAGCUGUUCUCAUCACCCCUCUUCUCAAAGUCGUACCAGUUUUCUCUAGAUCUGUGAUUCUCCAAGGAUUACCAAAAUGAAAAUAGAAAAGAGAAAAAAGAAGGAAAUAAAUAAAUAAAGAUUUACAAAUAUGAAUGCGGUAGUGAUAAAUUUGAAUUCCGAUUUUUUUUUUUUAUGCUGUAGCCCAAUUGGAACAAUUCAGGGAUGGGCCAUUGUGAAAAAAUGGAAUUGCAAAGGCGCAUACAUACCUUGAUGUGCUGCUACCUCAGAAUUCUGCAGUCCAUUUCUCAAAAAGUCUUUUAAUCAAUCAUGGUGAAUACAGUUAAGGAUUAUUCUCCGAUAUAAGUGGCAUCAGGGCAUCAUAACGUAUUCGUGUUCGCUUCGACCAUAUUCACGAUGUUUAGUUGGAAACUGGCAGUGUAUCAUAAACAUAUUUGUCGGCUACGUAAACGACACCUUUUUUGCACUGAUGAGACAUUCCCUCAAACUCUUUUGGAACCUUGUCUAUUUGUACCAGAGUAUGAGCUUCUGCGGUGCCUUCUGUCACUGCUCCCAACUGAGCAUGUCAUCUCCAGCGGUCUCUCCUGUAUGUGCUGCAGUCAACUGCUUGCAGUGCCAUAUGUCGGUCGUUACUAAACGAGAUGCCCAUUGCCCCCCCCCCCCAAGGCUCCAACGCGAGGGAUGCAACCUCCCCUUUGUCCCUCCCCUCGCUCCCUCAGUGUUGGCCAGCCACAAUAUUUUUUAUAAAAAUAGUUCAUAAAUGUUUUAUGGAUUCUGUCACUUAAAGUGCAUCCUCUUUCAAAACUUUCUGUUAUCUACCACUGAUAUCUAAAGUAGGCAUUUGUUUUGGCCCACCCGUCGAGUGCAAUCCUGUUUCUUUUCUCGAGCAAGAGUCGAGUGACCGUUACAAGUUUGUCAGUUACGAUUCAAAGCCUUUUUUGUCGAUUCGCUUGUUUUUUUUUGUUUUUUUUUUUCGCAAACUCAGCACCUGACUGGGGUUAGUCACUGAGCUCUGGCAUGAAGGGUGAGAACCUGAGUGAUGUAUCCUUAAAACCCUCUGAUGCUUAACCCCAGAUCAUACCAUUCUACUUAGUUUUCGCCUCUUUUUGUUUCUGUUACUGUCGCGUAUGGCACUCAUUUAAAAAAAAUCCUAUCGUUUAGUAUUACUCUUAUCAAUGAUAUGGUAACAGCUUAUUAAAGAAUGUGAAAUCACUGAUAUGGUGCCGCACCCACACAAUCAUUUCUUCUCACAGAAAGGACUGUAAAAUCACCUGAUGAAAUCUUGCAAGCUAGAUUCCCGCACAGCAAGCGACCCUGGCGUGGUCUCGAGCCUGAGCUGGCCCGGAUCAGUGCUACGCCUGGUCCAGACCCGUUCAGGAGCCUCGCCAGUGUCAGCCUCUCUCUCUCUCUUUUUCGAGGAUAGGUCCUAGAUGGCGUGAUUUGCCUAUGAUCUGAGUGUUAUGUUUUAGCCAAAAAAAAAACGCAGAAGAAGAAAAAAAGCCUAAAUUAGGUGUCAUUAUUCCUCGCUGGAAAUGUUGAUCUAAAGGUAUUCCUCCAUCACAUGCUGCCGACUGGGUUUCCUCACUGGCGGAGAAUUGUCUUUCUUUUUUUUUCGUUUGUUUCAUUUUGUUUUGUUUUAAUUUUGCUUUUUUUGUACAUGUAGCACAAAUGAGCAUUGCACUUGGGCGCCAUACUUUACCUCAUGUCAGAAAGAAAAAAAAAAAAGUGUGUGUAUAUAUAUAUAUAUAUAUAUAAAUAUAUAUAUAUAUAUACAGUAUAAUGCCGUUACGUUUAAAGGAAUAACUUGUGGUUUUUGGCCUUGCUGCUGUUUCAAUUGCUGGUAUUUUACAAUUGUAUUUAAGAAAAUGCGAUCAGAAAGCUACACCGUGCCUGCAGGUCAUCUGAUAAAAUACACUGUAGAAAAAAAAAAAAUGUAGGGAAUCUUUACAAUCUGGGGCUCAAUGUAUGUCUUGUGUAUACAUUAUGUCCAGCCUUAAUGUAAUACCUUGAAUAUAAAAUUGUAACAUAACCCACAAAACUACCAAGUCCUAUGACAGGCAUGACUUGAAUUGUUUAGUCAAUGACCCCCCCCCUUUUUCUUUUUCUUCCUCUUCCCCCCAGUUAAAUUUGACAAGGUAGUACCAGAUGUUAUGUAGUGCAUGUCAGUUGAAGACAUCCCCCUCCCCUUCCAUACACACACACACACACACACACACACAUACACACACGCAAACAAACAUAGCCCACUACCCCAACCUUCCUCUGGUCCUAAAUGUAGUGUAGAAGCCAUCUACUUCAACCACCUACAGCCCCAGCGAUUUCUAUGAAGGGCUUGUGUAUCAAUUGUUUUUUUGGUGGGGAGGAGGGGGGACUGAACUGUAGGCCUUCAAGUAUAAAAAGAAUAUCUAUUUAAAAGAUAAAGAUGGAUGAAAAAUACACAUUAUGAUAAACAAAAAAAAAAUGCUGUCAUAUCAGCAGCAAAGAGAACUCAUGUGAUUUGGGAACGGAAUGUGACCUGGACUCUUGCGGAGUGUGAACGUUGGUCGAGGGGACUAUCACCAGCGGAAUAAAGCGAAGGAAAGCGGAGAGGAGAGUGUUAUCUCGUUAGUCGUUUUUAACGGGAAGGGGAAAUGCCCCCGUUCCCAUCCCAGCUGCAGCAGAUGUUGUUUUAAGGGACAGGAAAGACCUCUCAUGCAUACUGUAAAUGUACUGCAAUGGUUUGCGGUCUGCACCUUAUGGAUCACAAAUACCUUUAAUAUUUUCCCCUUUUUUUGGAAAUAAUUGUAGCUGAGUAUAUCUACAAUAAAGUUAUGGUAUGGUCGUUCAA